AUGUCCUUCCUAGCCCGGAUACGCUCCAAAAUCACCUCCCGUCUGUACCCCACAACAUCCGAAGCCUCCCGGCUGCGCGCCUCCCUCAUCCGUCGGCAAAAGAUCCUCACCCAAGUCCGAGCCUUGAUCCCUUUCCUCCAAGCUGGACUCAUCAUCGUCGGCUUCUUGUACCUCUUUGCCAUUCCGACGCAAGGCUUGGGCAGGAGGCAUUAUAUCAGUGAGAAUGCGUUGCAGCCUGGUCAGGUGCGUUCGAUCGUGCCUUUGAACUCUGGGCCGGAGAAGGGGAAGAUGCUGAGAAGAACUUUCUCGCGUCACUUUUUGGGGACGUCAGGUUAAUACGAAUUGGAAUUGGGCCGACGUGCACAUCGCGGACGAGUAUGCCAAGCAGGUCGAGGCGUGGAGCGCGUUGCCUUUGCAGCAGUAGGUCCCACCUGAUAUGCGGCAUUGGCUAGAGGGGAAAAGGCUGAUCGGAGAUUUGUCGGCCAGACGGACGCAGGAGCUGAAGAAGGCGUUCCAAAAGUUGGGCUAUGCGACGGCGACGCAGGACUAUGUCUUUGAACUAGGAUCGAGGAAUAGUGUACGUUCUGGGGCGGUUCGAUCGUCAACAUGCUAACGAUCGAAAGACUGACUGCGCAUGAUCGGGACCUGUAGACUCUGCAAGGCACGAACGUCUACUCGAUCCUCCAAGCUCCAAAAACGGACGGCGCCGAGUCGCUGGUCCUUGGGGCUUCGUGGUUGUCUAGGGCUCUGCACCAGGACACCAAGGAACAGAGGGUGAAUGUUCGAGGCGUUGCGAGUGUUUUGGCUUUGGCCAACUUCCUCAAGAGUGAGUUUGCACGUGAACGAUGAAAUGAUAGCAGGCCGGCUGAAUUGAGUUCGGUGCAGAGUAUUCAAUGUGGUCCAAGGACAUCAUCUUCCUCGUCUCGGACGACUACAUCGCUGGCGCUCAAGCCUGGAUUGACGAAUACCAUGGCAACCAACAGAGCAAUAUCCGAGCCGAACCUCUUUCGCUCACGACGGGACCGAUCUGGGCUGCUCUGAACCUAGACUAUCCUUACCACUCCUUUUCGCACCUCGGCCUUUUUUACGAAGGCAUCAAUGGCCAUCUCGCGAACCUCGAUUUCCUCAAUUCGGCAUCACACAUCACCAAAGGAAUGGGCGUGCCACCCGUCUUGCAUGCUGAUGUCGAGCUCGCGGAUUUAAUGCCUUCGAUUUUCUACGAUACGCCAUUGAGUUUCUUGGACAACCAUGUCGUGAGGACGUAUACGAGGGCAGCAAAGACGGUCUUGCAUCAGGUCGCGUUGACCGCUUCGGGGAAGGCACAAGGGCCCGAAGCGGUGUUUGGCAAGUACCGCAUUGAUGCGUUGGCGAUGUUUGGUGUCCCUGCGGAAGGGCCGUACGGGUUUCAUGUCCUCGGUCGGUGCGUCGUUUGAUCCUCAACAUGGCUGUACUAGGAAGAGACCUGUACUGAUGUUGUGAUCGUCAUCGACGGACACAGUAUCGUCGAAUCGACGUUCCGCUCGCUCAACAAUCUCCUCGAACGCUUCCACCAAUCCUUCUUCCUCUACCUCAUGACCUCGGUCGACACAUUCGUCGCGAUAGGCAACUACCUCGCUGCUCCGGUGUUGAUCUGCGCGGGUAUGACGAUCAUGGGGUUGAAUGUGUGGGAACAGGCGGGGCUUUCGGUCAAGGGGGAGAGAAGGGAGAGGUUCGUGGGGAAGCCGAUCACGAUCAUUGGAUUGACGCAUGCGAUUGGGUUUGGGUUGUUCUCGUAUGUCAGUGGGUUGGAUCCGAUGGGAGAUCUUUCGGUGAGUUGAGAGUGGUGCGUGCGUCGUUCGAAGAUUAAAUGCUCAUGUCAAAAAAAAUUCCUAGUCCCGCCUCCCACCUACGCUCGUCUUCAUCCUCCUCUUUGCGCCGCUCAUCCUCUCGACCGUCUUCAAGUCGCGUCGCCGAAAAGGUCGAGCUCCUUCAUCGAUGGUGCUCGCCUCGCUGUCGUUGAUCCUCGGUGGGAUGACGAUCGGCGUCGUCGCGUGCCUCAACUUUGGCGCGUCCGUACUCCUAUCGUUCUCCCUCUGUCCUCCCUUGACGCUGGUCAAACCGCGGCAACAUCCUCUCUCCGAACGAGUCCAACAAUUCCUCGUGCUCAUAUUUUCACCUCCGGUAACGUGGGCAUUAGUAAGAGCAUGGAAGAGGGAAGCAGCGGAUGCGUGGGCGAGGGGGUUGUUGCUCGAUUGGCAGAUGAUGGGGACGUGGUCGAUGCCCUUUACGUUUGUCGUGGUGGUGCCGUUGGUACUGCAGGCGGGCACGGUGGGUUUAUUGGAAUGA